UUCGGUGCGGCGCGAGACAGUGCGCCCCGUUGGUCUUCCGAAUCGUUCGCAGCAGUGCGCGUCUCAGCAGUGUCCGUUCUCACCACGUCCCCCCCGUCACCUAGCGACCAUGUUGUUGACCAUGAGGUGUGCCGCGAUGAUCGCCGCCAUGUGGCCGUUCCUCUCGGCCACCUCCGUGUCGGUGAUGGCCCGACACAAGCGGCAGCUGCAGAACUCGUACCUGGGCUUGGGCUCCAACGUGGAAAUAUUGCCGGUGGGCGACACGUCCGGCGUGAGUAGUUCGUACAGCCUGGUGGAGACGUCCAAGGUGCCGCGACGCGAGUACAAUACGUUCAAGGCGUCCAAUACCAGGAAAGCGCACCGCGACUCGGAACCGGAACGCUCGGAGUACCGAUCGUACAACAAGCAUCCGUCCGCAUCGCGGGCCCGAGACGAAGGGCCCGAACAGAGACCGUUCAGAUUCCCGGAGGAACGGCGGCCGGCAAAAUCUUCCAGAGAGAGCAUUGGGGUCGACGACGACGAAGACUUGGACAGCGUUCUGGGAGUGCCGAACGGCCGGAGGGCGGACCUGACGCCGUCCAACCGGAGGAAGUACAAGCACAAAAAGCCGAAGAAGGAGAGCAAAGACGAGGAAACGUUCGAAGAAUCGAAAGCGGCGCCGAAAAACGCCAAAGAACCUACUAAACCGCUGCCGAAAAAUAUCAAAGAAAUCGUAGAAGAAAAACCGGCAGAGAGCAAAAUCUCCGGUGACUUGAACAAAGAGGGCAGUCGGUAUAUCGGAUCAGCCGGUUAUGGUGGUGGUGGCGAGUUCGACAAGGAAAAGCAUUUUGAAAAGGAACAGGGCCAGAAGUUCUUGGAAGGUCACAAAUCGGAAGAAGGAGAGAAAGCGGAAAAGGCAUUCAAGAAGGAAGAGGCCUACGAUAAAGGUGAGAAGGAAGAUUACGGUGCAGAAGAAAAACAGUCGAAGGUAGAAGAAAAAGCGGGCGAGAAAAAAGGACAUGUGGAUCAGGCGCAGCAUCAUGGCGAAGCGUACCAAGGCAAUCAUGGCGAGAAAGGCAUUUCGGUGAUCAAAAAAGGCGGUCACAAGAAGGGCAAAAAGACGUCCGGAUUCCACAAAGUCCAUCACAAGGACGAGUACAAGAAGGACGAGGUGUUCUACGAUGAGUCACAUGACGGCGGCGAACACGAGGAACACAAACACGAGUCGGAGAAACACGCCAAGGAGAAGGGAGGAAGCGAGAAGAAGGGACACUCGGACACGGGAUACCACGAGAGCCACGGGUCGAAGAAGGCCGAAAGCGAUCACGGUAAGAAGUACGAACAAGCCAAGGGCCACAAGUCCGAGGCCGGUGAACAGGCUCACCACGGUCAGCAGUCUGAGUUCUCCAAGAAGGGAGGCGUCAAGGAAGGCGAAAAAUACGGGCACGCCGAUGCCGGUGGUGGAGGUUACUUCUCAAAGGACGGAUACUUCUGAUUCUGACUUACUAUGAUGACUACGGUGGCGUAGCGUGAAGACUUUUUUCACUCCAUCGGUAAUACGCUGCUACAUCACAAUACAUAAUGGCGUUUGUGCGCGUCGCAGGUUUAUCGAGGAAAGUGUUUAUAAUGUUUACAUGUAUAUCUGUUAUAAUUUUUUUUUAUACAACUUGUUUCUGUCUACAAUUAUUGUGUUUGCUAUAAUAUUUAAGGUUUUUUCAUAAUUUUUGUUUUCUUU